UUUCAAAUCGCCAAGCACCACCUCGAACCCAAGGCCGAUUACGACGCCAGCUUGGUUUCUGGCGGUGAGGGUAUUGUGUACGACGUGUGGAAGGAGUUGCCCGACGAGCUUCCCCAAUGCACUGAAGCCGAGGUCGCUGUCGACGCCGCUUCGACCACCCAUGGCGAACUCCAGGCGGCAGAGCCCCUGGACAUCUCCCUCUCGCACGGCGCUCAAGGACAAUUCUUUGUGUGUGGCUCUGUCGCUCCACGCCAGCGAAAUGCCGAGGCGGUGAGCACCGUCGAGUCGCAGCUGGACCAACUCUUUGCCGCCAUAAAGGCUCGUUUGGAGGAGGCGUCGUUGGCGAUGGCGGACGUGUGCUUCGUGUGCGUCUACCUGCGCGACAUGAGUCUCUUCGUACGCUGCAACGGCGUCUACCGCCGCCACUUUGGCGCCAACCCGCCCUCACGGUUGUGCGUCCAAAUGCCGCUCGACGCCGACGUCCACAUACUACUCGAGUGCUUCGGGCAGCAGAGGCACCCGCAGGUCGAGGAGGAGCGUCGGCGGCGACGCGUGCUGCACGUACAGAGCAUCUCGCGUUGGGCUCCGGCCUGCAUCGGACCCUACAGCCAAGCCACGGCGCUCAACGGGCUCGUCCACCUCGCUGGCCAGAUCGGGCUCGACCCGGCUACGAUGAAGCUGGUGGGAUCCGACGAAGCGUCGCCCAUCGAGGACCGCAUCAAGGAGCAGACUCUCCUGUGCUUCCACAACAUUGACCAGGUAUUGCGGGUAAUGCAGUCGUCCGUGGCGCGGAUUGUGGUCGGCACGUGCUUUCUGCUCGACAUGGCCCACCGCGAUCACAUCCUCGACCUCUGGCGCCAGUGGUUCAACCGCCAUCGAGCCUCUCAAGGGAGAGCGAAGGCGACUGCCCGUAGCAGACCUUCAUCGGGUCUCGGCCCGGACAGCGAGAGCGAGGAAGAGGAGCAAGGUGAAGAUGAAGGAGACGAUGACGAUGAAAUCUAUGACGCGACACACGUAGUCGAGCCGCUCGUGCGCUUCGUUGCUGUGGGCGCUCUGCCCAAGGGCGCCGCGGUCGAGUUCCAAGUCGUCGCCGCCACCGCAGAGACAGACCCGGUCGAACUACGGCGACUCCCAGCGGCUGCCGCGGCCGCUAGUAGCGACAACGGCGACCGCGCACCGCUGGCCGUGGAAGGCGUGUGGUCCCCCACGGCCGGCUUCUGCUUCGCCCAAGUAAAGCUCACCGAAGGCACGUCUUUUAUCCCGCAACGCCCGCGCCCGCGCCCACGCAGAGAGAGCGUGGCCGAGGCGGCGCAAGCAAUUCGGCGGGCCGUGCAGGCGACUGACCCGCAGCUCUGGGACCGACACCUCCUGUUCCGACUGUAUCGCCGCUCCUUGUCACCUGACAAUGUCUCAGGGUUGGAGAGUGUGGGCCAGGCAGCGCUGCUCGAGUGUGUCGUUCUGCCGCCGCUUGCGGACAGGACCAAGGACAGAGACGACUGA